AUGACCAGCAAAGACCAACUCAGUGUCAUCAUAGUCGGGUCAGGGCUUGCCGGAUUGGCUACGGCCCGUGUAUUGCGGGAGAAGUGCCAAGUUACCGUGUAUGAGCGCCGCAGCCCUUCAGUCGCGACCGGAGGACAGGGAAUCACGAACUUCCCCAAUGCCACCAAGAUCAUGAGCCAAUUAGGCUACGACAUGAAACGAUCCGGUUCUGUUGCCAUUGAGGGGUUCAGGACUUUAGACAAGCAGGGAAACAUUAUCUUUGACACUGAAAUCACCUUUAAGGAAAGAUACGGCUCACCGGCUGUGUCCCACAUGCGGACUGAUUUUAGAGCUGAACUUCUGCGUCUGGCUACGGCUCCGUCUAAGGAUCUGGGUAUCAGUGGUGAGCCCGCCAAGAUGGUAUUCAACAAUGGUGCCCAAGACAUCGACCCUGAAGCCGGUGAGAUUACUCUGGACAACGGUACGAAAGUUAAGGCUGAUGUGAUCAUUGUUGCGGAUGGUAUUCAUUCUCACCUACGGCCCCUGAUUGCUGGCGCAGAUUGUCCUCAGCCCAAGAAGAAUGGGUUGACAUGCUGCCGAGUGGCCGUCUCUGCUAGCCAAGCUAUCAAGGCUCUUGGCCAGUUGCCCGACUGGUGGCAAAACUUGGAGACUAAGGAUAAACGUAUCCAGGUCUUUGAGGCCGGCGACGGCUCUGAUCGUGUUAUAGUCAUAUACCCCCUCCGCCAUACCAGUUACAUAAACAUGUCCUAUAUAUUUGCUACCAGAGAGGGGUGUGAAAGCGCGGAAAACUCAUGGUACGCGGAUGGAGAUCAUAAGGAGAUAAUGGAGAUAUUCGAUGAUUACCACCCAAGCCUGAAAGCGCUCAUCAAUGCAUCGGCCGAAGUAAAGGUAUGGGACCUUCAGGAUUUAGAGCCCCUGGAUAGAUGGACUGCGGGUCGUGCUAUCCUCAUUGGUGAUGCUGCUCACGCAAUGACACCGAUGCAAGGUCAAGGCGCCAACAUUUGCAUUGAGGAUGCAGAAGCAUUUCGACUCUUGGUUGAGCCCGGUGUAACCCGCGAUGAUGUCCCUGCAAUCCUGAAGCAGAUAGAGAAGUAUAGGCUACCGCGUGCUGCAGCCAUCCUUAGUAACACGAGAAAAACGAGCCGCGGGGUUAGCGGGGAAGAGAGAUAUAGAGUUAUGAAUGAGAACUGUACCUACCACGGGAUUUUCGAAGCCAUGAAGGGCUAA